AUGAUGUCCAAGCGCAUUUUGCCCGUGGCUUUGUUGGUGCUGGCCCUCCGUCAGCUCACGACCUUUGUGCCAUCCCCAAGCAACGUGCCACGUGUGCAGCCGCAGAUGCGACAGGCAGAGGUGGCCCUGGUCUCCACAGGCCUCGCGAUGACCAACGCCCAAGCGGCGCUGGCCACGUGGGGCGAGGGCAGCGAACCGGGGCAGAACAUCGACCCGGACUCCACGGAGUACUACAACCGCAAAGUCUUGAACGCCACGGCCAUUUGCCUCACCUUCGCCGUGUUUUUGUUCGGUUUGGUCGUGAGCCAGGCCCGAAAACUCGUGGAGAACAAGUCAACCGCGGACGUCCAGCUUUUUGAUCAAUGCGCACACCACGGUGAGAUUACGAUCGUGGACGAUGAUGGCACGCCCAAAAAGCCCACCACGACAGAGCCAUUGAGCUACAGUUUGGCCGAGAAAUUCGCCAUCGUUGGGGUUCUGGAGACCAUUACCAUUGGUUCCUUGCUGGUCUUCGUGAGACGGAGCAAGUUUCUUCAGCGAAAGGAUCUGACUCCGAGGCAAGUGAACGCCACCCUCUUCGGAGCCUUCUUGUUGGCACCGGUGUUUAUUCUCAUCCAGAAAGCAUACUACGACACUCUCAUUGAGUUCCGCGGGUUGAAACCCGAGCAACACAGCAUUGGGAGCUAUUUGAACCUGUCCUUGCUGUCUCCCACGAAGUUUCACUGGGACUAUGAGCAACACACCAAUCCUGACGCGAAAGUGAACCCAACGCUUCCCGACAGCACUUCGAUGGCAGAUGGGGCACCUAAAGGUCGAGGCCGUGGCCGUGGCCGCAACGCGGCCGCGCGCGGCCGUGGGCGUGGGCGUGAGGCUCCAGGUGCGCCAACAGCUGCACCUGCAGCUGAAGCAAGCCCUGGAACGUGCCGCACGGUGUUGUUGCCUCAGCCAUGUGUGAAGACACAGGGCAGGGCUGCGCCGCCUGCGCAGCCGCGGCUUCCAACGCCCUUAAGGCCUUUGCCCCAGCCCCCAAGCGGGCCCAGCGGGCCCAGCGGGCCCAGCGUUUCGCCCGGCCCUGCUGCUGGGCUGAUGAACCUGAUGUUUGCAGAUGACUCCCAGGACGUCUCCCGCGAUGCGCCGGCGCCGCACGGGACAUCAGCGACUCCGGCGUCGCCGAAGCUGCAGAGUGCUGCAGAAGAGGUUUCCAAGCCAAAACUCGACACGGAAACCGCGCCGGUGAGAAACGAUGCACCGGAGGCUCCAAUCAAACUUGAUCUCACUUCGGGCGAAGAGAAGCUGGUUCCAGAGCGAGAGCUUCAUUUGCAAACCCUCGACCCUCUGGAAGCACCGGAAGCGGACACGCUUCCCGGCAGCCUGAAUGAGGUCGGAUUUGAGCCGUUCAGGGUACCUUCGGAGCCGGUGGCAGAUGGCCCCGUCCUGCAGACCGUCAGCUUUUUUGACAUGCUCAAGGGUCUUGACUGA